CGGAGGCUAAGAUAGGCGUAGAUUUCACAAGGUGAGUUCGACCCGCGUCUUCGAAACUCACGGUGCGUAGGAAGGAGACUUGUUUAGUUCAAGUACUGUGCCGCGCUGUGUUCCAGCAACACGAUAUAACGCCGAUUCGGCUGAGCAAGAAGGAUAUUCCUGUAUGGGCAGCCUACUGCUCGGCGCGUUUAUUUUGAGGGUGUUCGCCAGACAUUUCUGUAUGUCAUUCGUGGGUGCAUAUCAAGUGCAGCAUGAGGUUUGGCUGGGAAGAAGACACUACUUGUGGUUGCGCUCGGCGCUCGUCACUUGCAUGAGGCCGCCGAUUGGUAGUAGUCCCGGCUCGGGUGGUUCCACGCGCGGCGGACUGCGUGCCUCACGGAGGUCUUCGAGGCUGCCUUGUGCUAAAUCACUCGCCGUAGCCCGCCAGUGUAUGCUUUCCGCAGGAGAACUGUGACGUUGAAUGCAUCGAAGGCCUCCGUGUCGCGUACGGUUGUGAGAAGACCACAUGCCGAAGUGUCUUCUGAAUUGUCGCAGCGGGUUCCCUGGCGGUCUCAAUCAUCGAGAC